CACUUGAUGCCGUAAAUUUUUUAAAAAAUUGUCCUUUUUGUUGCGUGUGCACCAUAAAUUUGAGUCAGCACCAGCGACAGCUCUGCAGUCCUCCUAUGUGGUACUGAUCAGGUGGUUGCAGAGCUUCAGCUCACAGCAACACAAUGCAGCUGAGCAGGCAAGCACAGCCCACAGCCAGAAACAGUUCCGACUCUCCAGAACAAGACGACCUUUAAGCUUUAAGUUUCCCAGAGAAAAUGAGAUGCUGAUGUUGAAGACGACACUACGGCUUUGAUGGAAUAUCAGAUAUUGAAAAUGUCUCUCUGCCUGUUCAUCCUUCUGUUUCUCACACCUGGUAUUUUAUGCAUUUGUCCUCUGCAAUGUAUAUGCACAGAAAGGCACAGGCAUGUGGACUGUUCAGGUAGAAACUUGACUACAUUACCAUCUGGACUGCAAGAGAAUAUUAUACAUUUAAACCUGUCUUAUAACCACUUUACUGAUCUGCAUAACCAGUUAACCCAAUAUACCAAUCUGAGGACCCUGGACAUUUCAAACAACAGGCUUGAAAGCCUGCCUGCUCAGUUACCUCGGUCUCUGUGGAACAUGUCUGCUGCUAACAACAACAUUAAACUUCUUGACAAAUCUGAUACUGCUUAUCAGUGGAAUCUUAAAUAUCUGGAUGUUUCUAAGAAUAUGCUGGAAAAGGUUGUUCUCAUUAAAAAUACACUAAGAAGUCUUGAGGUUCUCAACCUCAGUAGUAACAAACUUUGGACAGUUCCAACCAACAUGCCUUUCAAACUACAUAUCGUGGACCUGUCUAAUAAUUCUUUGACACAAAUCCUUCCAGGUACAUUAAUAAACCUGACAAAUCUCACGCAUCUCUACCUGCACAACAAUAAGUUCACAUUCAUUCCAGACCAAUCUUUUGACCAGCUCUUUCAGUUGCAAGAGAUAACCCUUUACAAUAACAGGUGGUCAUGUGACCAUAAACAAAACAUUACUUACUUACUGAAGUGGAUGAUGGAAACAAAAGCCCAAGUGAUAGGGACUCCAUGUUCUACCCAAAUAUCAUCUUUAAAGGAACAUAACAUAUAUCCCACACCUUCUGGAUUUACCUCAAGCUUAUUCACUGUAAGUGGGAUGCAGACAGUGGACACCAUUAACUCUCUGAGUGUGGUAACUCAACCCAAAGUGACCAAAAUCCCCAAACAAUAUCGAACAAAGGAAACAACGUUUGGUGCCACUCUAAGCAAAGACACCACCUUUACUAGCACUGAUAAGGCUUUUGUGCCCUAUCCAGAAGAUACAUCCACAGAGACUAUCAAUUCACAUGAAGCAGCAGCUGCAACUCUAACUAUUCAUCUCCAAGAUGGAAUGGUUACAAACACAAGCCUCACUAGCUCAACAAAAUCAUCCCCAACACCCAUGACCCUAAGUAUCACUAGUGGCAUGCCAAAUAAUUUCUCUGAAAUGCCUCAACAAAGCACAACCCUUAACUUACGGAGGGAAGAGACAACCACAAACGUAAAGACUCAAUUACCUUCUGUGGCAAAUGCUUGGAAAGUAAAUGCUUCAUUUCUCUUAAUGCUCAAUGUUGUGGUCAUGCUGGCUGUCUGAGGGUCUGCAUUUUCUGAAACUAAUGAAAGCACUCCUCCCUGAUGUACAGUUGGGAAAAUAUGUCCAUAUCUAACCAGUGAUUCAAGCUAUAUUAAGUAUUCAAGAAAGCCAGUCUUAACAUUUCUGACUCUGAUGUAAAUGAAGUAACUUGUCUUAAAUAAAAGAAAUGCACAAUGCCUUGGUACUUGCUGCUAUUUUACUGUCUUAAUUAAGUAAACUAAUGAGUUUCUUUUAUAAAAAAAUGUUUUCUUUUUAAGGCUUCAAUUUAUUGCACAAAAUAUAAAGCAUCUAAACUUUAAUAUGUAUUUUAUGUAUGUUUACACUGUCAAACAUCUGGAAAAUAAAAGGUCUAUGCUCAUAA